CAUCACAUUAGUAAGAAGUUUUCCUUUGCCUGAGUUUGCUUGCGUUUGAUUGAUCCAUUGUAUCAUUGGAGUUCGCGCGCGAUCAACAUGUUGAUAAAUACAGCUCGGAGUAGUGAGAGUUUACUGAAGUUACGCCUGUGGUUUUAUGGUUUAGCAGAUCUGCACCUCAUCAUAGUUGGUGGAUAUUUACUAAGUAUCGAUAUGUCAAAAGAUGAAAAUCCCGCCGUCCGCGAGUAUAUGUAUACGAGGUGGAGAUUAAUAACUAUUUGGUUCAAUUUGAUAUCCCUCUUCUACUUUCCAAUAUGCUUCUAUUGCGAUUGGAAAGAAUUAAAAGGACAGUGGGACCAGCCCCGCGUCCGUAUCCUCAGACAAAUAAAAGAUGUAGUGAUGACUAGUAUAUUACUUCCAACGACAUUGUACAGUGAUUACCUAUUCUGGCGAGUGUGGAACAAGGACCCAGGUCUCAUCGGACCUGUGGCGGUAUUCGUGUACCUGCCAACCUGGGCUCAUCACUCGUUGCACACCGUGUCAGCUGUCGUUAUCACAAUGGAUCUACUGCUAGUUCCUCGACAACGUCCCGAAUCUCUUCUACCGGGUCUGGCACUUUCUACGGCGUUUGUUUCGGCUUAUACAAUUAUGGUCACAUACAACUACAUGCACGGUAUAGCUGUAUAUUCGAUUCUGAACAUUUUUAAUACUCCUAAGAAAGUGCUGCUUAUAAUUCUGGCCUAUAUAGAACACUACUUCUUUUACACUGUACAGUGGUGGGUACUUGACUGGGCGAGGGGUGAUCUUCAUCAUGCUAAAGAGAAGAUUUACUAAUGAUCAGUGUAUUUGUAAUGUGACUAAAUACAGCGGAUAUGUGCGGCUAGCAACCUGUAAACAUAAUAUUAUAAUGAAGAUAUAUUAUUUUGUAUACCGCUAGAUGUGGGUCCUAUUCGAUACCCAACAUUUUAAACUCUCAAUCGCUGAUAGUGUUAAUGAUUACUCAAUUAUAUUUUAAGUAAUACACGAGAGGUCGUGGGUUCGAUUCCCGCAUCGUUCAUAAAAUUUCGUUUUCAAAAUUUAUUUGUGUGUUAAUCCUAGAAGUGAGGGUUAUCACUUUAAAAAACAUAACAAAUGUUUUAGAUUUGCAAGAGCGACAUCUCAAGUCAAUUUUGUAAUAUGCAGAUAUUGGUGUUGAGCAGGUUAUCAACUGUAAAGUAGAUCCUGUAGACGAAGCCACAGCCUGAGAGUUGAACAUAGCAUACAAGAUUUUAUGACGAUACGUCACUCGAACGGUUAGCUCAGUUGGAAGAGCACUCGCACGGAACGGGAGAGGUCGUGGGUUCGAGUCCGCAUCGUUCAUAAAAUUUUGUUUUCAAAUUUUAUUUAUGUAUUAAUCCUAGAAGUGUGGGUUAUCACUUUAAAAGAACAUAACAAAUUGUUUAGAUUUGCAAGAGCGACAUCUCAAGUCAAUUUCCUACUAAGCAAAUAUUGGUGUUGAGCAGGUUAUCAACUCUAAAGUAGAUCCUGUAGACGAAGCCACAGCCUGAGAGUUGAACAUAGCAUACAAGAUUUUAUGACGAUACGUCACUCGAACGGUUAGCUCAGUUGGAAGAGAACUCGCACGGAACGCGAGAGGUCGUGGGUUCGAGUCCGCAUCGUUCAUAAAAUUUUGUUUUCAAAUUUUAUUUGUGUAUUAAACUUAUCUUCUUUCCCAUAUAAAAAUAUAGGGAUAUUUAAUUUUCCUAUAUUUUUAUACUUAGCUUGGUAAGUUUUGUGAAUAUUAAUUAAUACAUAUUAUAUGAUACAUUUGUGCGAAGUUGGUAUUGACCUAUUAUUAUAAGUAUUACUGUUUAUAUUUGACAGUAUAAUGCCGGUAUCCCGCAGGCUAGCCACUGACGAGCUCUAUAAAAAUCCAAGAGCUCCUUUCACACUACGCUAUACUAUUGUGAUAUAUAUAGUAUAGCAAAUAUGGACCUAAUGCCAUACUGUAUAGGAUGUCUUUCACAUUACGUGAUAUAAUCGCAAGUAUUUGUAUAUGGCAAGCUCAGUUUAAGCAACUUGGAAAUUCUAAUUCAAAUUCAAAUAUUUUUAUUCAAGAUGUGACAUCACUUAUUGAAAGUCAAAAACUACCACCCAUUCCAAAAUGAAUACCUCAGACCUGAGAAGAAAACGGGCGCAACAAUCUCAGCGGGCUUUUUUUUAGUUUAACUUAUUAAAAUCCAAGAGAUUUAGCAUUGCAAAAAACGAAAAACAUCUAUGGCUCAAGAAGGCUAAGUAACAUUAUAUCUAAUAUUUAAAACGAUUUGACAGAUAAUCUUCAAAAUUUAUAUAAAAUGAAUGGAAAAUAUACAGGCUUAUUAAAAAAACAUUUGUAGAACAACAGCCAUAUUCAUGUGAACUAAUGUAAAUAUUAAUAUACAAUUAUUUAAUUAUUUUAAUAUAACGUUGAAAACGCGAGCGACAACUUACCCAGAUAUACCCAUUAGGGGUUUUCGUGGUAUUUAGAUAUAGAAAAAUUAUUGCAUGAUUUGUUUUGAACAAUAAAUGACAGAAAAAAAAAAGUUGACGGCGAUCUUUGAAGAGUGUGCACACGAUCGACACAAUGGAUUUAAUACUGGUUAGGCUUGAAAGCUCAUUGAGCGAUGAUGACAAUACGGAAUUUGACACUAUCUUGUCAUUAAUGCAACAAAAAAAAUCCAGGAUAUCAAAUGAUAUAAGUUCAGAGGAGAACGUGGUGAUUUCAAAGUUUUUGAAGAUGGAAGAAGGAGGCAGAGGACGGCAGCACAGUAUAAACUCAUCCAACGCUCAAUUUUAUUGCGUAGUGUGAACGUGCCUUUAAUAAUGUAUAGUGUGCGGUAUUGUUGUGCUAUAUGCUCUUUAUAUUAUAGCGUAGUCUGAAAAGAGCUUUAUGGUAAGUGCAGAUGUGUUUCACAUGGCAACAAAUAGUAAUCUAAUAGUAUGUACGGUACAAUGUAGCUCAGAUUUUUCUAUUUUGUGACACAUAAUAUGCCUUCAAUACAAAUAAACAAAGGAAUAAUAUUAUGCUCAAGUUUAUAACGUUGCAAACCUUAUUGUGAAAUGUGAAUUAUUUGAUAGGAUUGAAUGUGUGUUCAUAAAAAUUUAAUAGAAGUUAUGUAAGAUUAAAGUAUGUUUUUUUGGUAGUAUUAGAUGUUUGUUUGUUAUAGAACAAACACAGCUAAAAAUGUAAAGAUUUUAAUUAUUGAACAUUACUAUAUAGCCGCUUUAUUUACUGUCAUAUCAUUUGGGACUGUAUAUGUGCCCUAUGAGGCCUUUGUUCAGCAGUGGACGUCUUCCGGCUGAUGAUGAUGAUGUGCCUUAUAGAUAUAGGUGGUGGUGAAAUGAAAUAGGUACCAUCCGCUCACAGUGUUGAGCACACCUAGCCUUUCAAAUGAGAGGGAAAGUUACGUUACUAAGGCUGAGAUCUAUAGAGAUUAUUUAGUCUCUGCUCAGAUCUUACAUACAUAAAACUUAGCUGGGUGUGAAAACCCAAGCUUGACUUGUGCAUUCUGCUGUCAAAUGGCUUAAAAACGAAAACAAAGAUUAUGCUAAGGUUGAACUCAGCUUUAAAUGAGUAAAGUCUGAGCUGAGUGUAAGUCCAGUGGGAGGCUCCUUUUCACAGGAUGCCGGCUAGAUUAUGGGUACCACAACGCGCCGUAGCUAGUGAAUUAAUGGGCAAAUAUGACUUAACAUGUUUUGUCUCAAGGUGACGAGCACAAUUGUGGUGCCGUACAGAUUUUUGGGGUUUUUCAAGAAUCCUGAGCGGCACUGCAUUGUAAUGGGCAGAGUUUAUCAAUUACCAUCAACUGAACAUGAAGCUCUUGUCCCAUAUUUUCAUAGAAAAUAGUAGGAUCUGUAGAUCUCAGCCUAAGAAGCUAGUCAAAGUUCCCGCGGGUAUACUAUCAACUGCACCGCGUGUUAUCGAUAACCAAAGUGGGGUAUGCACUAUGCGAGUACACUGGGUCCGAAUGCACUUGUAUUAGUACUCGGAUGCUAAACGUACAGUGUGAUCACGUGACUCGAAUGCUCUCAGAUAACUCUAUAGCUCCUAUACUAUCUAACACGAGUGCACUCGUUCCAAGUGUACUCAGAUAUGGUUUUAUGUAAUAAAUAUAUUAAUUUUAUCUAA